AUGCCAGACGUUUACAAGACGGGCUACACGAGUAGUUAUUCCAUCGUCAAAGGAAUUGAGCGCAUGUUGAAGUUGCCCGGGCGGCCGUAUUCGCGAUUCGACAAAUGCGACGUAAAGCUAGUUGCUAGCAAGCAGGAUUUCAAGAAAUAUCAAGACAGUGAUGGUAGAUGCGAGCGCCUCUUCAAAAAGGGGGUAGAUGGGGAGAUAAUUGACGACGGAUGGAUCACGAAAGGCUUGUUUGCCGUAUGUAAAGUGGCUGCGGAACUGAUUCGCAAAAGAAAGGAGAAGAAGAAAGCACGCAAGUUGAGGCUACAUCAAGGCCAUUUGGUCAAGUGA